UAAGCGCGCGGCGAACUGGAACUGAGAAAAGUCCGUUCGCGUUCGGGCUUGUUCGUGGCGGCAACGUCGCAUCCGUUGCAUAUAGGCAGAGUUUGCGCCGCGCGUCUCCCAUUCCCGUAUCAAAGCAACGCGCGUGAGCGCGAGUGAGAAAAAGAAAGCGCGAGACGAGAGGAGCGCGCGCGACGGCCAUUUUGUGCUUGAGCUAGCCUACUAGAGGCUAUAGCGCUGCAGCAGCGAGAGGGAAGCUCGUCGGCGCGCGGAGGCAUAUCCAGCAGUAGCUAUCGUCGCCGUCGUCCGCGUCGUAAUCGCGAGUAUAAUAUAUAGUGCUCGUCCGCAGCAGCCCCCACCCUUGGACGGGAAACAAGCGAAGGUCGUCGUCGAGCAGCAGCGUGCAGCGAUAUACCACCGUCUACCACGUCGGCCGCCGCCGGACGACACUCGCAUAGCGGCGGCACAGCUCCGCGGAUAAUAAUCGCGAGCUCGGAUUUUUGGUUAGGUGCUCACUGUGUUUUGUAGUUGUAGCUUCAGCGCCGAAGAGACCAACAUAACCAGACACGGAUCGGCUAGCCUCGAGGAGGACAGGGAGUCGCAGAAGUGAAGCUAAAAUGAUAUCAGUGAUAAAGUAGCAGAACAAUCACUAGCAAUGGAUGUCAGUGGGGAUCUGACCCUCCAGUGGGUGGAGGAGGUUGGGAACGUCAUCCACGAAGAAGUAAUAUGUGGUCUCGAAGCAGAAUUAGAUGCUCCUGUGGAGGAGGUGGUUGGAGCAUGCGAAGAAGUUACAGUGGAGGAGACAGUCGAAUCUGUUCCAGAGGACUCUGCUACCAUAGCAGAUACAGAGAUUCUGAUGGUUCCACAGACAACUGACAUGGAAUCUAUCUAUAUUGUCCCACAAGACCAGGGUCAUGAUUAUCUCAAUAUACAAGUCACAGAGGAAGUCAUCACGGAUAAUUGGGAUAGAUCAGGUCCUGAUGAUGGGAUGGAAGUACCAGAAACAAAAGUUUCACAUGAUAAUUUACUGGAGUAUGAUGAUAUGGAAAUACCUUUGCCAAUCGAUCAAGACUCGUACACAAAUACAAGACCUUAUCCGUGUGACUUCUGUAGUAAAAGAUUUAGAAAAAAGGCAAACCUUAUGAAUCAUAUGGUGACACAUCAAACAGAACGUCCUCAUGGUUGCAAUCUGUGCGGUGCUCGUUAUGUAAGAAAGUCUGAUUUAAUGAAUCAUUUGAAAAUUCAUGCAUAUGCUCCUACUCGUGAUGGUUUGGAAGACGACUUGGAAGAUCCACUAGCAACUGAAGAAGAAGAAAACCAUCCUGUAAAAGGUCGGAAGAAGAAGGUACAAACUAAUGUACCUAGAAAACGCAAGGCUCCUCCUGGAGCUAAGAGGACAACUCUUGAUGUUGGAGCUAAAUUGGACAUAAGCAAAUGGACAGGUCAAAUGACUAGUGAACAACAGGUGCCACGAUGGCCAGUUACUGAUGCCACAAAACCUUAUGUGUGUCAGUUUUGUGGAGUUGGUUUUGCUAGGGAAAAGGCCCUUGCAUCUCAUUCACGCAUUCACGGUGGCGACAGCCCAUUCGAAUGCACGUCCUGUGGUGAAAUGUUCUGGGACGUCAAUACCCUUCAAGAACAUAUGCGAGUUAAGCACGGUCUUGGCAUUGUUCAACCUGAACACGAAGAAAUUGAGAAUGAGUCCAAUUAUGCAGGUGAUGAAAGGUUUGGUGAAUUUUUCUGUGAAACCUGUGGGGUUCCAUUCCAUCGGUUAGAUCUUUUGAAGCGACAUAAAAAGAUUCAUAUAAAGCAAGAAGUAGAUCCAAUGGAUGGUGAAAGUUCCAGUCAACAUCACGUUUGUAACGUAUGCGGCGAAUGGUUCGAGGAAGCUUUAGCAUUGUUAGCACAUGCUGAAUCGCACGCUAGUAGGUCGCCUAGUCGCAGGUGUUUAUUGUGUGGAGAAAGGUGUCGAGAUGAUGCCGAGCUUGCAGAACACGUUCGCGAGAUGCAUGCAGAAGACGCGCCUCCAAACACAUGCGUCAUGUGUGGAAAAACUUGCAAAGAUAAGCGAAGUUUGUUAAAACAUUCGUGGAUCCACAAUACAGACAAGACAUUUGGCUGCACUAAAUGUGGAAAGCGUUUUCAUAGUAAAGCAAGAUUACGAAGGCACAUGGUAUCGCAUCGCAAUAAAAUGGUCGCGUGCGACGAAUGUGGUGAAGAGUUUCCUGAUGGUCGAGCUCUUGUAAGCCACCGUCACUCUCAUAAUAAAGAUCUAGGUGGACGUACCUUUCCCUGCAGAGAAUGUGGAAAAACUUUUGGCAGUCGCAGUUCCCAGCAAAUUCACAUUCGCAUUCACACUGGUGAACGGCCAUACGGUUGUCGCUUCUGUUGGAAAGCCUUUGCAGAUGGAGGUACUCUUAGAAAACACGAGAGGAUACACACAGGCGAGAAGCCCUAUGGUUGUGCCAUAUGCCCUCGUGCUUUCAAUCAAAGAGUUGUACUUCGUGAGCAUGUUAGAGCUCACCAUUCAGGACCUGAUCCUAAGUGUCACAACAGCCUGACACCUUAUAUGUGCAAGGUUUGCGGAGACACGCUGCCCACCUCGGAUGAACUAGUAGCCCACAUAGUAGCCCACUGUGACGAGAAUACUGCGUUGCGUCGCCAGCCACAAUCAGGUCCACGCAAGUACAAGCGCCGACGCAAGCUCAAGCAAGACGGCACGGCAUUCGGCGGUCGUGUAAGCGAAUCCUUAGACAAUAUUGAUGCACCCUCGGAUUCGGACGAAAACACUAAGCGCAAACUUGGCAAAAAGAGCAAGCAACACCGUGCUAAUGUCGAAGAGGGCUACCAGAAUGUCCUCAAGAGUUUUGAAAGCUCAUUGCAGAACAUAAAUUCGAUCGUCAGCAAUUCUAAAACGCACCCAGCUAAGACGAAAACUCCCAAGAAAAAGCCUAAGAAGGAAGACAAGAAGGGCGGUGUGGCUACGAGUAGCGGUGCUGAUACGCCUACUGCCAAUCAUCCAGGCAGACCAAAGAUGAUUCAUACACAGAAGACUAGAGUGCCCGUUGAGAUGGGUACAGAUGGAGUAAAGAAGGGACAAAAAACAAAGACCAUGGUAACAAGAACGCCAAAAGUUAUGCCGAAUGAGCAGCAGACUUUAACGUCUCCUCAAAUGCAUCAUAAGGUUCCAGGCGUUUUUCCUGGUGGCGAAAGAAAUAGGCCGCGUACGAAGAACGUCAGUUAUCACGUGGAAGGCAGACAACAGUUUAUACCUGCUACCUUUGCCAAACCAAGGGAUGAAGAGACUGAGGCUGCGUCCGGAAUAGCGCCGGCCAUAGAAAUGGUCAAUAUCAAAAUUGAGCCCGAUUUACCAAAAGUCGCCCCUAAUCAAAAUCACACGAUCAAUAAUAAUGGCGAUAUUGUUGAAUUCAAGCAGGAAAAGCUUGAUAAGCCGGAAAAGCCGACUCCAAAGAAGAGAGGGCCGAUUAAAAGGACAAAAAGGAGGCAAGCUGCUGCAACGAGAAGAUCCAAAGAUAAGCUUGCGAUACCUGUAGCUGAGGUGCCUAAUAACAACAAUAUUGAAGUACCCGAGCCGAUGAUGCAACACGUGGAAAUGUCGCAGCAAGAGGAAACACCAACUGCACAGGAACACCAGGUACAGCCAACGCAAUUGUUCGAAUCGGUGGUCGACGGCAAUAAUCUUGAGGUGGCAUUCGAAGCGAACGUUAUCUCAGAACAGGAGGAAAUGGUGCAGGAGUCGAUACUGCCUGACCUAGACAAAGUAAACCACGUAGAUGACCUGGGCUCAAGCAGUAGCGGGGUUGGCAACGUAAAGCUCAGUGUUAAGGUGGAGUCGGCACCGGACGGUAUGCUCGACGUGCAUAGCCUGAUGGGCUCCGUCGAGGAGUCGGUGCCAGAGACCAUUAUACCAGAUACGGUAGAGUACACCUGCGAGAUGUGCGCUGCCGUUUUUGAGACGCGGGCCGAGCUCCUUGUGCAUGUGCCCAUACACAUUUGAUUCCACUCGGCGACGACGGCUCUGAACAAGCAAGUCUCGAGGUUUGUUCUUUAUUAAAGAAAAAAUAUCACCUACAGACACACGAGCAAACGCUCGCUCCCAGAAAUUAUAUGAUAAUAAAAAAAAAAUUAGUUUCCUCACUCAUCCUCAUAAAAAUAGCACUUUUAUCCAAAAUGAAUGGAUGAGAAGAGGCUAAUGGCUGGCUGAAAAGCAAAAAAAAAAAAUAAUAUGCUUUCAUGUUAGACGUGGGCACUGUUUAUGACUGAACUUAUGGAGUAUUCUAACGGUAAUCUAUUUUAAACAAUUGAUUAGCGGCUGAUUAUUUUUAAAACGAUCAGUAUUCGUUAAUUAGGGGAGAUUUGCAUAAUUUAGGCGAAAUAAUUCUUAAAAUCGAUUAUUUAUUAUACCAUACAAUUUUUUAAACGAAUAUAAACAACCUAUUACGACUUAGUUACUCACGCUCUUAAAUAGUGCUCAUGUUUAAUUUAGGCUUUGAAUCGUUUUUGGAGUUCGAACCUAACAAUGUAAACACCUGUUGCUGUUUUGUAAAAAUGGUUUUCGAUCUCUGAUUGUAUUCAAACAUUUAGCAUUCGUUUGUAUGGACAUUGACAAUAUUAGACUUGUUUGCCAAAAAUUUGUCUAGACUACAGAUCCUUUUAAUUGAAGUUACUGCUGAAUUUAAAUAUUCGUCUAUUAACGAUUCUUUUGUACUGCCUGUGUUUGUUUUUUGAAAGAAACGUUUUACUUCAUGUUUACAUUGAAGUUGUCCACAGUUAAGUAAAAGGAUGAAAAGAUUAACCAUUACAUCAUUUAUUCGUUGAAUGCAGAUUUAAAUAGUUUUGGGGACAUAAAUAGUUAUUGUUAUAUUUCCAAAGGGUCAUUUAAAGUUUUACGAUAGAAAAAUCAUAGAACAGGUAUCAAUAGAUAGGAACUGGAGUAUGUUCUACUAUAAUAUAUUUUAUUGACGUAAAAUUUGAAUCAGCUUAGUUGCUACUAGAAUUUAAGUUACAUAAAUAUUGUGUGAGCAAUAUAAACACCGAUCGUACUGAGAGUACAAACAAAGAAAAACAAUCAGAAAACCAUUUCCUCGCACCUCGUACAUCACACCAAUGAAUACAUAACACAUGCAUCGCCCAUGCAAUACAGUAAUGGCUUUGAGCUUCUAUAGUUAUUAAAGUAUUGCAAGCAUUUUUGCAAAAAAGACAAAUUAUAUCAUGGAAAUUUUAAUUAGAAAACAAAUUACGCUUAUCGUUAUAAAUCGACAAUUGCAUUAUUUUAGAAAAACAAGAGAAUCUGUAAUAAAUUUAAAUAAAUUUGUAUUAAUACCCUUCAGUAAUAAUAGUGAAAGCUGAAGGGUGCAUCAUUCAAAUGUCUUUAGGACAAAAUUUUGUACAAAUUUUAUAAAUGUUUGAUCUUUAAAAAUUACGUAAAUUUCGAUCAAAUUUCAUAAAAAUGUUAGAUGAUCCGCACAAAUCACAAUAGAAAAAUUCUUAUACCUUAAUGAUAGUUAUAACACAUGUAACAUAAACUUACUUACACGUUUGCUAUCUCCAAAUAUGUUGAGUGUUUGGAUACAAUUAAUAUAUCAAAUGUAAAUUGCAUAAAUGAUAUUCUGGUAAAAUAUGUGAGAGAAACCUUGUACAUAAUAAGAUCAAAUUUUUUAAUCGAAAAUUUACGAGUACAUAUUUACUAAUGCAAUGCAUUGAGACGCACCAUCAAGCCAAAAAUAAGCAGCUUACCUUCAUUAUUAAAAAGUGUAAAAAUAGACAUCCAAGCUUAGUCUUUAUAACGAGAAAGUAUAAUUCAACUUCUAAGGGAAAUCAAAAUAUUAGUUACUCUCUGCAUUUUCGCUGGUUGCCAUUUUAUUUAAAAUAGGAAAAAAAGAAUUGAAUUCACAAACUGCAUAUUUGACAAUAUGAAUUUGACAAUAUGGCAAAGCAAUCGAUUUUUUUAUUAUUUUUUCAUUCAUAACAAUUGAAGUUACAGUUUAAUUUGUGCCUAAUUUCUACUCUAAAGGUAUUCUGCAUCAGCUUAAAAUUGUUUUUAAUUUUUUGUUAUUCACAUGUUUUUUUGUCUGCAAUAUCUUGUACAGUUUUGACCAAAACAAAGUUUUACACUAGUAAGAAUUAAAUAAUGGUUUGAACUUACUUUAGAUAGAUAACAUAUCUGGCAACAGAUUAUUCUUUGUACUAUUUAUACUUUAUUAUUGAAUAAAGUAAAAAAAUUUAAAAAAUUUUAGAAACAUACCAGGCAUGAAUUGUAACUUCAUCGAAAUAUUACGUUUCAUCUAGAGACGUUAUUUUCUUAAAAUAGUUUAAAAUUAAUUUUUUUUAACUUUUAAAGUAUUUAGCUCUUUAAGUAUACAUAUUUUUAUAUAUGAGUACAUAAUGAAUGGAGGUAAAGAAAAAAAAAUGAAUUAGAAUGAAUAAAACAUAAAUAUUUGUUAACUAUUAUUAAUUGAAAUUUUAUAAAGACAUAGUUAAGUGAUAAAGUGAAUUUCUUGUGUUGUAAUACAAAUAUUGAAAGCAUGUUAUGAAUAAUAAUACUUGUAUAUGUAUUCAAUAUUAUAAGAUUUAAUAUGUUACAAAUACAGGUAGAUUAAUCGAUGGAAAAAUAUGUUAUAUUGAUCUGACUGAAUGAAGAAAGUUGAUUUUGAACAUGUAAAAUUUUAAGUAACUAACGUCUCUGAGAAUGUGAAAAAUUAUUGGUACGAAUGCAAAUUCGCUGUGAGUUACACUUUAUCUUGUACAUAAUGUCAGAAAAAUUCUGCAAUGAAAUUUAAAUUUAAGAGAUUAGGUACUAGCUAAAAAAAGUGCACUAUGAUAAUGAAUAUGUAAAUAUAUUUACAUAGGAUUUUUCUCAUUUGUCUAACAAUAUUAAUUUAGGAGAGAUCAUUUUAUGGCUCUCUAAAUUAUUAUUUGUAAUUCUAUAUAAGAGAAGCUUACACGCGAAAAAAAGAACGUACUAAAAAUGCGCGACUGUAAGAAACAGAAUAAUACCGAUAUAGAAUUAUUAUAUAAUUCAGCCAUUGAUUUAACUCAUAAAGCAAAUUAUAAAUGUGUAAGUAAUUGUGGUUUUGUCUUAAGUCAAACUAUAAACUGAAAUACAUUUAGUCUCACGCAUAGCAUAUACAAAUGUGUUGUAGUAUAACAUGGGCAAAUUUUAGUCGCUCUGAGAAAGAAACUUCUAUUAUAUGUACCAGUUCAGUUGUAAUCUAAACUACAUAGUAUAUAUUUAGAUAUACAUAAAAUAUAUAUAUAUAUAUAUUUAAGGAAUAAAUCGAUGAUCUCUUAUCUGCGGUAAGAUGAGUAUAUAUCUAUUGCCAAGGAUAAGAGAGAAAACAUUGUACAUAUUAUCUUAUGGAUAUAUGGUAUGGUGGUGUAAUUCACUGUUAACCGUAGUUGUAUUUUUCUUUGAAUAAAUGAUUAUUAGAUAUAUCAUAAAA